AUGGCUCGCACGCCACCGCCCCCGCCUCCUCACCGGGAGCACGCGAGGAGGAUGCCGCCGCCCAAACCAUCGCCAAAGAGGGCGCCGACAACUUCAUCUCCGCCCCCAAAGAGGUCUCCACCGGCGCCAGCCAAGAGGCACAGUCAUUCACCACCAAAGCCCACAGAGGGACAUCACUCACCAACAAAGCUACCUCCUGAGCAUCAUGGAGCUGUACAUCCACCACCGAGCUCUUCCGAGCAUCAUGGAGCACCACCGAGGUUUCCCGAGCAUCAUGGAGCUGGACCUCCACCACCGAGCUCUCCGCCCACAAAGGAACAUCCAGCAGCAGAGCCAAAGAGGCAUCCUGGACAUCGACGAGCUGGUGAUGGAGCUGCUACAGGGCCGCCACCUUCUUCUUCGCCGCCCAACAAGGCCGACACUGUAACCUGGCGACCAAGGAGGGCCGGGCCGUCAUCGCCACCACCUUCGAGCAUAACGUGGAACCCAGGGCCAUCGCCACCACCUUCGACCAUAGCGUGGAACCCAAGGCCGCCAUCGCCACCACCUUCGACCAUAACGUGGCAACCAAGGCCCCUUGGCUUGGGCACCUCUCCGCCUACGGCGUCGUCAGCACCAUCUUCAGCAGCAGCAGCAGCAGCAUUCGUGGCAUCACCUGGUGUCCUCGCGGCAGGCAUCGUUCUGCUCCUGCUCGCACUGGUAGCCAUCGGCACUGGAGUCUGGAUACUCUUGAAGAGGAGAAGGAACAAGUUGAAUGCUGGCAGGAAGAAGCCGGCUGCUGACCACCGAAUUCGCGAGCUCCUGAGGCCACCAAGGCGCCUGCCACCGUCUGCUCUUCCCGCUGGUGCUCGCCACAAGUCUGCAUCCGGGAACGAUCCACUCUUUCGUGCUGCUGAUCCAGUGCAUGGCCAGCAGGGAAGCCGGGAAAACGUCACGAUGGAGGAUCCUCUCGUCGUCUUUCCUGCGCAUGAAGUUGGCGACAAGCCAAGGCUGUUCUCAGCCACUCCGGAGGAUGAUCCACUCUUCUCGACUGGUGGCUACUCUCAUCAUCCAGCAGGCGAGAAAAUGGCUGCAAACGAGCUCCCAGUGCGCCUAUCAUCUCGACGCGACGGGGUUCCAGAGCAGUUUCAUGGACGGGAACAAGGACGAAAGGUGGCGGAUCGUUCUGGCACCGUGUUCGAUCCUGGAGAUGUCGCAGCACUGGCAAAGAAGCGGGCUGAGAUGGAGAAACAAAUGCAGAAGUUCAUCAUGAUGGACCCCCGCAUCCGGCCUUUUUCCCACGGGUUAGUAGUCUCUGCACUUGAGCUGACAAUAUGGACUGAUGAAGCUGAAUCGAUCAGGAAGCGCGAUGUGGAGAACAGCCCCGAGAUCACUAGCGACGAGAACCUCGUCCGGAAGUUGACAGCCAAUGAUCCCGACCGGGUCAAGAGUGAUUUGGAGGUGGAGCCAUCUGCUCCGGGGCACACUUCUCUGACAGGUGAAAACGCCGACCAGGUACGAGCCUUUCUGUAUCCUGGUGAAUUCUUCCACCUCUGA